CCCAAAAAGGUUGGUGAUGAUAUUGCCAAAGCAACUGGUGAUUGGAAGGGUCUGAGGAUUACAGUGAAACUGACUAUUCAGAACAGACAAGCCCAGAUUGAAGUGGUACCUUCUGCCUCUGCCCUGAUCAUAAAAGCCCUCAAGGAGCCACCAAGAGACAGAAAGAAACAGAAAAACAUUAAACACAGUGGAAAUAUCACUUUUGAUGAAAUUGUCAACAUUGCCCGACAGAUGCGUCACCGAUCUUUAGCUAGAGAACUUUCUGGAACCAUUAAGGAGAUUCUGGGGACUGCCCAGUCUGUGGGUUGUAAUGUUGAUGGCCGCCACCCUCAUGACAUCAUAGAUGACAUCAAUAGUGGUGCAGUGGAGUGUCCAGCUGAUUUGAUGGCUAAUGACCAAAGACACUGCCCAAGAAAGAAGCCAGAAAUCACCUCUUAAGUGACAAGGGUCUGGGUGGCUGACCCAAACAGACAGUCCUUCCUGAUAAUGCAGCUCAGUGAGAAGAGCAAGCAGAUGCUUGGACCCAACCUCCAAAAGCAUCUUCCACGGAAAACAGAAGCUGAGAGGCCCCUCCUCUUCUCUUGCUGCUUUAGUACCAUGGAGACUUGUGUAUGAAGGGCUGACCACAGGCCUGAAGACCUCCUCAGAUGUUCCUGAGCCCACAGAGCAGCAGCAGAAACUGGACCCAGAGGCUGGCGAACCUCCCAGCCUGGGGAGCUGGGCCAUGAGAACUGGAUGGGAAGGAGGACCCUGGAAACCCAGGUUCCAGGGGCUCUGGUCCUGGGUGCCAGCUUCCCUGGGCCUGGGACAGUCAGGGGUUCCAGGCUCAGGCUGAGGUCCAGCUUAGAGUCACAGGCUGCUCCACUCCCUCUAAAGCCCAAAGCCAGCCCAGCUAGGAGGGGCCACCACUCACAGAAAGGGGCUGUCAUCGCCCCUCAAAAUGAGCUGUGAUUUGUUCCAAAGUCUUUCCUUUGGUUUCAGGGACCCAGAACAAAGUGAAAAGGACACUGAAGAUGCAGAAGGCAGAGGCAAGCCAGAAGGCUCCGUAUGGCCUGAGGACCUCCUGUAGAAAAAGGAAGGGCCACAGGUGCACGUGGCGUAAAUUAGGAUCUCACUCCCUCCCUGCAGUCUGGACACUAUCCUGCCCCAAGUCCUGCCUGCUGAUGCCCUGCCUAUGUGUCUCCUGGCCCCAGUAAGCUCUCUUUUCAUGGUGCAGUGGGAAUGAGAGAGCAUGGCCCCAGGAACACCGGGGACAUAGAGGGCUCAUUGGCAUGGAGGGAGGUAUGGGCCCAAGAAAGAAGCCAGAAAUCACCUCUUAAGUGACAAGGGUCUCUUUGGUCAGAGUCUGUGACCUUUCAGUGCCAGACCAGAGUCUCUUCCUUUCUCAGCUCCCUAUCCUCUGGCACUUGGAAACCCCUCCUCCUCAAGACCCUUCUCUUGGUCUCUUAGACAGCAGACACAUUUGAGUCAUUAUUAUAUCCUUUAUCACUUCCUUCCUGGCUUCUCUCUCUUCCUCCUUUUCUGUCCAUCCUCUUGAACAUCCAGUGAGUAAGUCCCACCCCAGGCCUCUGCCAUGGCCUUCCUAAUGUGCUUCCUAGGGCAGCCCUGCCUGAAUGAAGACUCCAGGCUACCUUGAGUGUCCACGCCUGUCACCGACUUGCCUCCCUACGCCCCAGUCUGGCUUUCCAUCACCACCUAUCACCUUUCUGGCCAUGCCAUAAAAAGGGACCUGUCCUUUUCAGCCAUUGUUGUUUCUGGUGCCUUCAAAAGGCUGGGACAUGGUACAUGUCAGGGGACCUGGAGAGAAUGAAUGACUGAACAAAUGACUUGA